AUGAGUUCAGGGUCACCUGAUAAUGGGAGAGAAUCUCCAAGGGGCUCAGAAGGGAUCUGGCACCCUGCCCGCGAAUGGCUGGAAGACGACGAGCUGGAUACCGAUUACCACACCGCGGCAGAGCCGUCCAGGCAUGAUAGCGCACAGGAGGACAAUAUAAGCAAUGAAGACCAGCAAAUGGGUUUUGGUGUUGCAGAUGAUAAUCCCCAUAUCGACAUCGGAAACAUUCAUAUCGAGCUCACAGCGGACAAUUUGGACGAAAGUGAGGACACAGAUGACUUGAAUGAGGGACACAUGCGCGUACCAGCUUCCCGAUUGUUCGAGUUACUUGCAUCCAGUGGUUUACAACAUAUCCUCCAAGCCAACGGCUGGCCGGCUGCUAUGGGAGAAGAACAAGAGCAUCUCGGAAAUGAAGACGAUGAGCUUAGCGACGAGGAUUUCAUGCCCAUAUUCCGAAAUCGCCUCCGCGCCAGACGAUCUACAGAAAGGGUUACACUUCCACCAGUUCCUAACCCGGAGGGCAAGAAGUUGAUGGGCGAAGGUCAUUUUGGAACUGACCAAUUCUACGGCGACCGGCUGAGACAGCGCAAGAAGUUCUUAACGACAAGCCUUAUGUGGCGAGAACUAGGCGUUGAUACUGACGGAGUGCGGAAAAGAGCAGGCCAAUCCAUCUCCCAGUUCUCGGAUGAUGGAAAUUUCUUUUUCUGCUGCGCGCAGGACUUCAAGGUUCGGAUGUAUGACACAUCUAAUCCGUACGACUGGAAGUACUACAAAACCGUCGACUAUCCAUUCGGUCAGUGGACUAUCACCGAUGCGACGCUGAGCCCCGACAACCGCUUCCUUGUUUACAGUUCAAUCCGAAGUCAGGCAUACAUGGCUACUACAGACCCAGAUGAUGAUUCAGAUCCAACCGUUUUAGAUAUGUCUUCUCCAGUGGGUCAAAAUAGAAGACGGGGCUGGGGUGGCUCACACUUUGGGAUCUGGUCUCUUCGAUUCUCCGGAGAUGGGCGUGAGGUCGUCGCCGGCACAUCAGAAGACUCGGUCAUCGUUUAUGAUCUGGAAACACGACAGCCAGUCCUCAACCUACGAGAUCGACAUCAACAUCAUGUCAAUGCUGUGUGUUAUGGCGACACAUCCUCGCCGCACAUCCUGUACUCUGGAUCAGAUGACACGACAAUUAGGGUUUGGGACCGGCGGUCAAUGGGCGAUGGACGUGAAGCCGGUGCCUUCAUGGGCCACACCGAGGGAGUCACAUAUGUUGACAGCAAAGGGGAUGGCCGAUACGUCUUAUCCAACAGCAAAGACCAAACGAUGAAGCUUUGGGAUCUGCGCAAGAUGAUGACAUCCGCUGAUAUGGAAAACAUCGAUCCCGUCGACUACACAACCGGCUUCGAUUACCGCUUCGAGCAGUAUCCAGACCAAUACCGCAGAAAUGCUAAGAAGGACUGCUCUGUUGUUACAUAUCGGGGCCACCGAGUCCUCAAAACCUUGAUUCGCUGCCAUUUCUCCCCACCGGGAAGCACAAACUCACGCUAUGUCUACAGCGGCAGUGAGGACGGCAAGGUUUAUGUAUACAACUUAGAUGCUACACUAGCUGACACCAUUGAUGUUGGUCAAGCGACACUCAAUUCACGACCGCGUGAUCCAGAAGCAUAUGCUACAGCGUAUGAGAUGAGUGGGGAGAUGCUAUGGAGGACUUGCGUUCGAGAUGCAAGCUGGCACCCGAGUGCGCCAGUACUAGCAGCAACUUCUUGGAAUGGCUGGGGCUUGUCUACUGGCACUUGUACCGUGCAUUCAUGGAAUGCCGGUGCUGCUAAAGACGAGGGGGAUCCACCCAUUGGAAAGAGCUAUGACGAUAGACUACGACACAUCCCUGAGUUUGACGACUAUCGCGAGAAUGCAUCACAUGGUCGACCACGGCGCCCAAUGCGCAGUCGGCCUGUUCGUCGAUGGGUUGGUGACCAGGAAUCAGGGGAUGCAAUGUGGUAA